CCUACCUAUGUAUCCAUCCACGUAAGUUAAGGUCUAUGCUAACAAGGGCUGAUCUUAACCACUAGCAAAUAUCAUCCAGCUCUUAUGUUUCUUAUGUUGGACAUUUUCCCACAAAAUAUCUUCUUUAGAAAGGCAAUCCAGAGCCGCGAUAAUCUUGUCGAGAGCUUCGCAAAUUAUUAUGAAGACGGCAGCUAUAAGCAAGGAUCCGCUUAUAUCCAACAGUUCACCAAACACUGCAUUGACCAGAAGAUACCUGAAAUCGAUAUUCCACGCCUACUGUUAGGCACUGUUUUCAAUAACGUCGCCAACACCUCUUCCUCUGCAUCUUGGGUGAUUUAUCACAUCUUCAGCGACCCAGUCGUCUUGCAAGAGUGCCGCGAUGAAGUAAAGCAAGCUGUCCGGGAUGACCCGGACGGGACCUCCACAAUUCGUCUCAGCUUCGUUCUAAACUCAUGUCCGAUCCUUCUUUCCACCUACCACGAGGUUUUCCGCUAUCACGGCAUGGCUAACUCGGUGCCCGUCGUCUCAGAGGACCAUGUACUGGACAAUAGGUACUUACUUAAGAAAGGUGGUCUUGUUAUGCUGUCCGCCAGAGUUCAGCACAAAAACCCGGCUGUUUGGGGAGAGAAUAUGAAGGAGUUCUACCACAAGCAUUUCAUGAAGCAGCAAAAUGGUGGUAAACGCAUCAACGCCGUCGCCUUCCGUGGAUUUGGCGGGGGUACGACGCUUUGCCCUGGACGUCACUUUGCCACAAGCAAGAUCUUACUACUGACUACCUACCCUGUUGCUACUUCGUUUUGAUAUCCAACCGGCUAAUAGGAUGCCUUGGGUGCUCCCGUCGACCGCCAAGUCAUCACAAGCAGUGGCCAUGGAACAGCCCGACGAGGACAUCAGUAAUAAAUUCAUACCCCGUCCUGAGGCGAGCGGUCGAACGUGGCGCGUCGCAUUCUCGGGGCAACAGGAUGCCGAGUUACUGGCACAGAAGUAAGCGCAUCAUACCAAUAUCUAGCCAGGAUUUACUCGCAAAUCCUGUUCGGAUGGUAGGUAGCCCAAGAAAUGUCGAUGGAAUAUCUGCGCCGCUAGAUGAUUGUAAUUUAUUUAGAACCGAUUUACCAGAUACCUGUUACUAUCCCCAAAUUUGCGCUUUGUCAGCCUUAGUAUGACCAUGAUGGAUUACAUCUCCAUGAUGGAAUUUUUGGCCAAGAAACAACCCAGGCAUAGAAGUUGGAGAGUAAUACCUGUUUGUCGCGUUUAUCGAAGAC